GAUGGAAGGAAUCGUUAUUACCGAUAACACUGCCGGUAGUAGCUCUAGCUCCUCUUCUUCCAACAAGGGGAAGCAAGCCGUCCGAACAAAAAUUAUUGCUGGGGCUCAGAAAAUUGAUGAUCUUUCUCUGCCCGUGCUUGCUGUGUACAAGCAGAAAUACGUUAGUAUUUCGCGUGCACUUGAUUCGGCUGAGGUCAAAAUGGCCAAAGCAUCUUCUCUUGCAGUUGGUAGUCUGCAUGAGUUAAAAGUCAAGGUACCAGUAAGCAUCGACGCUGAGGUUGUUAAUAACCUCAACCUUUCUGUUCACGAAAAUUUAUGUGAUCAGUAUGUCGCUGUCUUGACCGAUAAGGUCGUUAACUUGAAACAAGCCGCCAGAGACCUUGUCCCGGCUUUAACAAGAGAGCUCCAGAAUGCUCAAACUAAAAUGCUUGCCGAAAACACAAAAG